AUGAAUCAAAAGCCACUGAAGAGUAUUCAUUUUCGAGUUGAGACACACAUCGAUUUAUCAUCCAAGGGCAAGAUAUCAUCUGUGGAGAGUAAUUCUUAGCGUUACGGUUCACCGAACAAAUUGCCGUCUCUUCAAAACAUUUGCAGAACUAUUUAAGGUGAGGAUGGAACGGUCUUUGCCAUGAGAUCCUUGAUGAGUAGGGCCAAUAAUGUGAGUAGCAAUCGGACUAGUAGGACAAAGUGGGUACUUGAGUUAAAUGAACGCAAAGAUCUUCAACAACUAGAACAAUGGACAGAUCUAAUGGUUCAAUAAUUAUAAUUACAAUAGUACAGCAACAUUAGGGAUUUCUAUGAAAAAAUGGAGUUGGUCUACACUGGUUCCAUUACUUAGUUAGGUUAGUAACUGGCUGUUAAGUGCAUUGAUUAUUAGACAAUCCUGAAUAAAAUAUGGUCAUCAUUUACACAUGCAGUAAAGGAGAUUAUUGAAAAGCAAUCUGAAACCUUCAGAAAAUUGGAGAAAGAUUGUCUCUCAGAAACUGUGAAAUUGCAUCAGAUGUACCAAAAAACCUUGAAUGACAAGGGCACUAAAUUGCAGGAGGCUGAGAGAUAUUUGAAAUAGAAUUCUGAUUAAAACGACAAAAUGAUUAAAGAAGGUAGAUACUUGAGAAAAAAAUGUUAAAAAUUAGAGUAAGAACUACUAAACCUAAGAAGAGAGUGUGAUUUCCUAAAAUUGCAGAAUUCUGAUCUGAUAAGGGAAAUAGAUGCCAUGAAAGUCUUCAUUAAUCAUCAAGUCGAUCCUUCCAUCUACAUUCAUCAAAAUCUUGUGAAUGCAUAAUAAAUUGAAGAGAAGUUUGCAGAUGAAUUGUAACAUGCCAAAAAGGAGAUGUUUGAAGACUUUAAACAUCAAUUCGAAUAAAGAACUAUGAUAUAUGAAGAAAUGUAUUAAAGAAAAUUAGAUGAUUUAGAAAGGAGAGAGAUAUUAAAUUAAAAUUAGGAAGAUGAAUAAAUACUAUAGGAUUAUUAAUAAACCAUAUUCAAGGAUGAAUGUGUAGGCAAUUCAAUCACUUACAAAACACAAGAAACUGACACCUCCGACUUACUUCACUUCUCAGAUGCAUCAGUCUAGACUAUUUAAUUCAAGAAAAAAGUAUACGAUUGGAGUACUCAAACACCUCCUGUUGUUACAUUCAAUCAAUCUGUUGAAGCCAACUUUUCAAUGAUCAAGAGGGAAUGCAUCCCUAGAAACAAAGAAGAAUAGACUUAUUUGGAAAUGUCCAGAUAUCCUAUUCAAGUCUUUAUUGACGACUAUCAUGAAAUCAAAAUUACUUAUAAUAAAAAUACAUUUAACUAAGAACUAAAUGAUCUCGUGGAUCAACUGGCUUAGAGAUCUAGAUAGUUGUUUAACAUAUUGACAAUGAAGGAAGAAUUUCAUUUGGAUGAUUUCUAAUGUGUGAGUUAGUAUGUCAUUAAUAGUUAUAAUGUGUUCAUUAAUCUGAUUCGACAUUUGGAAGCUCUGAUUAUUGAAAACAAAUCCAGUCUAGUAGAGAACAAGAUUUGUCUCUAUGAAACAUAGAUUGAUUCGAAAUAGGCAUAUCGUAAAUAGAUGUAUGCCGAAAAAAAGUUGGAUAUGUUGAUAGGCAAACAUCAAUUAACGUUAAAAUAGGUUUCAUUCCUCCAAAAACAAAUUAUACGAAUCCACAAAUAUUUGCCACACUUUCAAAUAGAAACCAUCAAAAGACAAGCAAUUAAAAAGAAAAUAUUCUUGGAAUUUCCAAAGCUUCAAUCGCCUGGUCCCAAUCUACUGCCUCCUGAAAAAUCGAAUACAAUCUUCUUUUCUUCUUAACCUUAAUUGUUGAUACCUCCACAAAUCAAUCAAUCUACCAGUUCAUAGAUUCAAAAGAGUGCCUUGGAUAUAGCAUAAAGUGAAUCAACAGAACCACAAUAAUUGAGAAGAGACUAAUCAGUUGAUCUAUCCAGAGAACCCAGAGAGACUCCACCCAUAAGUCCAAUGAAGAAGCACCAUCCAGUAUAAAUAUUCUUCUAAGAUUCAUUGGCUCCACCUGAUGAUUCGUCCUCGGAUGAUGAGUAGGAGGUGGACAUCGAGGCUUAGUUGUCACCCAUAAAGAAUUUGUUAUCCAUAGAGAAGAAACUAUUCGUGAGUAAAUGUCCAUCCAAAAACACGCAAACUGCAACUCAACUGUUAUUGCAAGAGAUACAAUAAUUUCGAAGAGAUAGAAUCGACAAUAUUGUCACUCGAUAAACUCUUUAAAAAUAUUUGUCCAGUUUUGUGUGUUGGUGUGUGAAAUAUGGGAAGUACAAUUAUCCCCUGCAUAUACAACUCUAUGAGUUUUAUUAAAUAGAGAAUUUCCAAUAGCCUCCUCAAGUUUGGUUGCAAAAGUACCAGAGAAUAAUCAAGAGUAUCAUCUACUACAAGAAAAAGACAAGUUAUGCUAAACUCUUCCAUUGGAUGUUGAUUGGAGAUCAGAGUUUUAACAUCUAUUUGAGUAUCCUGAACACCAUUCAAAACAAAGAAUUCACAGAAAAUGGCAUAUUUGUCCAAUAAUCAUAACUUUCUGAAGCAAUCGGACAAUAUGUUAAGAAUACUAUUCCAAAAUACGUGCAACUGGUUGAUUAUGAUCAAGAGGUACAACCCUAUAUGUAAGGGAUGUAGGAUUUCAGAACGAAGGAGAUCACUCAAAAAUAUUAGUUAAUUUUGACUUUAUUUGAUUAGGAACGAUUCACUUAACUCUAAUUCAGACUGCUAUUAUUGGAAGUGGAUUCACAGAGAACUGAAUCACAGAUAAUUAAUUUGUUCAUGAAUGAAUGUGAUUUGGAAUAGAAUAGUGUUUAGUAUAUGUCACAUAAGAGAUUCUCACAGAUUUGCGAGGAACACAACUUAUUGGCUAAUUUGAGUGAGUAUUUGCAGAAGAAUAAUGCUUAGUAUUUCAAUGAUCUCAAGUUGUGGAAGAUACGAGAGAUCGAGUUGAAAUUGAUGUUGAUCAGAUCCUCGAAAUAUGAUUCGACUGAGAGAGAAGGGUUCUAUCGGAUGAAUGAGUUGAAUUCGAAUGAGCAGAGGGUAUUGUUGGGGAGAUUCCUAGAGAGAAGAGCCAAGGAACUGUUAUUGGAGUAAUAUGCAUUUGAGUGUCUGCCCUAAUACAUGUAGAUCAUACUAAAUUCUUAAUGA